AAAAAUAUAAGCCGGGACAACCCCACCGAGAAAAGCCGGCAACAACUCGCCCGAAAAUCGGGGAGAUCCGUCCCGCUCCGGUUACUGAGUGUAUCCGCUCCGCGCCCGAGCUCUGCCCCUUUCAGUGUGAGCUCCAGAACGAGAUUGAGGACAGGUUCAGGUUCAUGUGUUGAGCAUCAAAGCCUCAUAAUGUCUGCCCCAUCAACACCAAAGAUUGUGCUGAAAAGCACAACCAAGAUGUCACUGAACGAGCGCUUUACCAACAUGCUGAAGAACAAACAGCCUCCAACGGUGAGCAUUCGAGCAACGAUGCAGCAGCAGCAACUGGCAAGUGCCAGAAACCGCCGUUUGGCGCAGCAAAUGGAGAACAGGCCCUCUGUCCAAGCUGCUCUCAAGUUGAAGCAGAAGAGUCUGAAACAGCGUCUAGGUAAGAGCAACAUCCAAGCACGAUUGGGGCGACCAGUGGGAACUUUGGCCCGAGGACCAAUUAUUGGUCGGGGAUCACCAAGAGGAGGCGUGCGUCUUGGCCGUGGUGGACGUGGAGGUGCGAGAGGAGGGCUUCCUCUUCGAGGUCAGGGUCCAAACCGAGGACGUGGUGGAGUUCCACGAUUAGGAUUAAAACGUGGUGGAAUGAGAGGUCGAGGAGGCCUGGGCCGAGGAGGUCCACCUGGACGAGGAGGUAUCAGUGGCAGAGGUCGUGGAGGAAUAGUGGGCCGUGGUCGGGGUGGCUUCCCAGGUCGUGGGAGGGGUCGGGGUCGAGGAAGAGGAGCAACUCGUCCCCCACUGACCCGUGAGCAGCUAGACAAUCAACUGGAUGCAUACAUGUCGAAGACAAAGGGCCACCUUGAUGCUGAGCUUGAUGCAUACAUGGCACAAGCUGAUGGCGAAGCGAAUGAUUAGCAACGUUCAAUUGAGAGAUGCUAGUAUUACAGAUAGUAUCAGGACUUGAAUUUGAGAAUCUAGCAAAACGAUCCAAGAAACAGAAAGAGGACCUUUCGGAAAAUGAUAUAAGCUGUAUUUGAACUGACAGAUGGUCGGAUGUCAAAGGUUUUGCUUUUUGAUUCCUUUCCUUUGACCUUUUUACAUUUUGAGAAGUUCAUGGUUCUGUUUGGAAAUCCCUCUGUUCUUUUCGAUUGUGUAAUGAUCAUGACACUGUAUAAAGUUUAUUCUCUUUCCUUAGAGACUGAGGAUAUUGUAGUUUCUAAGGUUGUUUUUACUGUGUUAAAACCUUCCUGUCCCUUGUUUUUAGAGUGGAGACUACAUUAAC